AGAUCCAAAUUGGCGCCCCUUUUCUCCUGCUCUGAUUCUCUCGCUCUCUCUCUAUCCAUCCUGCUCUUUAAGACGGUUCGAGAAAUCGUUGAAAAGAAAAGCUUUCGUCCCAAUCCCAUCAUUGCUCGCAUAAAGCAAAAGGGUGGGAUUAUUUGAAAGCUCGUAAGCUUUUUCUUUCGCCAUGUCUCUGCGUCGGAGAACCUUGCUCAAGGUUAUCGUUCUCGGCGACAGCGGGGUCGGUAAAACUUCCUUGAUGAAUCAGUAUGUGCAUAAAAAGUUCAGUCAACAAUACAAAGCUACAAUUGGUGCCGAUUUUGUCACUAAGGAACUCCAAAUUGAUGACAGGCUCGUCACUCUACAAAUAUGGGACACAGCUGGGCAGGAGAGGUUUCAGAGUCUUGGUGUUGCAUUUUAUAGAGGAGCAGAUUGCUGCGUUCUAGCCUAUGAUGUCAAUGUAAUGAAAUCAUUUGAUACUCUGGAUACUUGGCACGAAGAGUUUCUCAAACAGGCGAACCCCCCUGACCCCAAGACAUUUCCAUUUAUAUUGCUAGGGAACAAGAUCGAUAUAGACGGUGGAAACAGCAGAGUCGUUUCUGAGAAGAAAGCAAAGGACUGGUGCGCUUCAAAUGGGAACAUGCCUUACUUUGAAACAUCAGCAAAAGAGGAUUAUAAUGUGGAUGAUGCAUUCAUCUGCAUUGCAAAAACUGCUCUAGCCAGUGAGCAUGAGCAAGACAUAUAUUUUCAAGGCAUACCUGAGGGUGUGGCUGAAUCUGAGCAGAGAGGUGGCUGUGCGUGCUGAUUUCAGAUGGGGUGUGCUACAUCAAGAUGGGUUUGAGAUUUUGAUCUAUUGCCAUUCUAGGAGUAGUCUCUUUUUUGUUAGCUUUUGUAGAAACUCAUACUAGAUUGAUUUACUGUAACUUGCUUAGAAAUUUGAUCAGCAAUUGAAUGAUCUUAUGGUGGUGAAA